AUGCUUUUCAGAAGAGUUAUAUUCAGAUUUUCAAAAGAAAAGAUAGACAAGAUCCUAGAGCAUGAUGACUAUCUGACUUCAUAAAUAGACAAGAUGGCUGCUGCCUUCAGUUCUCAGAAUAAUAAAAUAUUCAACAAUUACAUAGUUUUCCAAAACAAAAUUAAUGUAGAUGGAUUUUCAACCAAACUGAAUAGAUCUGCUGCAAUAUAUAUUACUCUAUGGGGUAUGGUAGGUGGACUUUCCUAUUUUUACAUAAACCCUUGGGUUACUUUGAUACCUGCAUUUUUUUCAAUUUAAACAAUAUCAUCAUAUGUGACUGGUAGGAAAUACUUGAGUAAAUUUGUAUAAGCGAUAACUUUGGGGAAGGAUUAAAAAACAUGCUUAAUUGAAUUAGCAAAUAAAAAUGUAUUAGAAGUCAAUGUAAUAGAUAAUGAAUUACUAAAUAUCAGCGAUGUGAUACAAGCAUCAAACAAUAAGAUUGAGGAGGGUGUGAAUGAAAAAUAUCGCUAAUCAAAUUAUGUUAUAUAAUUUGAGACUAAAUAUGAUAGUAAAUUAUACGAAGAUUUGAGGGUACUAGUGACGAAGGACAAUGCUGAAAUUCCAAAUAUAAAGUUGCUUUAGGAUAUUAUUACAGGAGAAGAUGUGAGUGGAUAUAUUUAUGAGGAAAUAGUAUAAAAUUAGGAAGAAGUAGUAAGAAAGGAGACUGAUGGGGAAUUGGAAAAGAGGUUGAAAGAUGAAUUGAAAAUAUGA